AUGACCAUUGACAAUAAGUCCUUCAAAGAGAUGUUAUUAGAACGUCUGCCGACAACCCUGGCCUCCGGCUCAGAUGAUUUAGACAUCUCAAAACUAGCGGAGAUGGCCGAUCGUAUGAUGGAGGCUGGGCGUUUGUCAUCUAUGACGGUAGCUCAGCUUUCCCAGCCUCUCACUGCGUCCACCUCUGACCCGGCCGAGCGCAAAACACAGAUUGCCCAAUUGUCGGAGACUGUUGUCGCGUUGCAGCUGCGCCGAUCUGCCGGUCCAUCUCGAUGCGCGUUUAGCCGUGACCGUCGUCGUUCCCGCUCACGCCCUAGGAUCGCAAACCUAUGUUUGUAUCAUGUGAACUUUGGCCAUAAGGCGCGCCACCGUGUCCCGCCUUGCUCCUUCAAGUCCUCGCGGCAGUCACGCUGGUCAUUUGGGAAUUGA